AUAUCUGAAAAAAUGCUGAUGUGAGAUAUGUAAAAAUUGUUUUUUUGAGCAGAGUUAGUUGAUGCAAAGUUCAAGGUUUUUUAAUAUCUCUGUGACUGAUACCUCCUUAAAAGCUGUAGCAACGAGAUGCGUAUUAAGCAACUUUCUGAAAAAGUGAACGGUAAUUGCAGCUGACAAUUUGAUUCAUUAUACUUGCAUUUCAGAGUAUUUGAUAACAUGUAUAUUUAUGAUCUUGCUCAUAGCUGUCUCAUGGAGGGUCAGAUUCUGCUGUCCUUACUCAUAUCAAGUAAUUUCUUACAUUGCAAGUAAUGUCAUUGAUUAAAUGUGGAGAAUGAUGGCAAAACCUGACCAAAGUAACUAAAAGCAGCAGUUGCUUCUUUCAGUCUUUGACAGCUGUGAGACCAACUCUUUUUUUUUUUUUUUUUUCCAAACCAUCCAUCCUAAAUUCCGACCUGUAAGAGUAUGUACCUAUAUUUAGCUAGUGAGAUUAAGUUGCAAGGGCUUCAGGCAGGGCAAAGCACAUUGGUCUGCCUUUUUUACGGACAGACCUUUGGGCAGUCAACAGCUAAAGCUUUCUGCUCCCCCCCCCCCCUUUCACAAGCAUUCACAAAAUGGAUUCCCAAAGGGAACUCACUGAAGAACUGAGACUUUACCAAUCCACCCUUCUUCAAGAUGGCCUCAAGGAACUCCUGGAAGAGAAAAAGUUUAUAGAUUGCUCCCUAAAAGCUGGUGACAGAAGCCUGCCCUGCCACAGAUUGAUUCUAUCAGCAUGUAGCCCUUAUUUUCGUGAGUAUUUCUUAUCUGAGCAAAAUGAAGAGAAAAAGAAGGAGGUAGUUCUAGAUAAUGUUGACCCCAACAUCCUGGAUAUGAUUGUCAAAUACCUUUAUUCAGCAAGUAUUGAUCUUAAUGAUUCUAACGUGCAAGAUAUUUUUGCUUUGGCCAGUCGUUUUCAGAUCCCUUCUGUAUUCACCGUGUGUGUCUCCUAUCUUCAAAAGAGGCUUGCUGUUGGUAAUUGUCUGGCCAUCCUUCGAUUAGGUGUUCUGCUUGAUUGCCCAAGACUUGCAUUUUCUGCCCGUGAUUUUGUCUCAGAUCACUUUGUGCAGAUCUGCAAAGAAGACGAAUUCCUACAGCUUGCCCCACAUGAACUUAUCUCAGUUAUUUCACCUGACAGCUUAAAUGUAGAAAAGGAAGAACUGGUAUUUGAAGCAGUAAUGAAAUGGGUCCGAAAAGACAAGGAGAACAGAGUAAAGAGCCUGGGAGAAGUUUUUGACUGUAUACGUUUUCGUCUUAUGCCAGAAAAAUAUUUUAAAGAACAUGUUGAAAAGGAUGAUAUAAUUAAAAGCAAUUCAGAUCUUCAGAAGAAAGUAAAGAUUAUUAAGGAUGCUUUUGCUGGAAAACUGCCUGACUCUAGCAAAAACAAAGAAAAGUCAAACAAAGGGGAAGUAAAUGGUGAUGUAGGAGAUGAAGAUUUACUUCCUGGCUAUCUAAAUGACCUUCCCAGGCAUGGUAUGUUUGUCAAAGACCUAAUUCUUCUGGUUAAUGACACUGCCGCAGUAGCUUAUGAUCCUCUAGAAAAUGAAUGCUACCUAGCAGCCCUGGCUGAACAGAUUCCCAGAAAUCAUUCCAGUAUAGUCACCAAACAAAAUCAGGUCUACGUUGUUGGAGGACUGUAUGUGGAAGAGGAGAACAAGGAUCAGCCUUUCCAAUCGUACUUCUUCCAGCUGGACAGCAUUGCUGGUGAGUGGGUUGCCCUUCCUCCACUGCCAUCAGCCAGGUGCCUCUUUGGGCUGGGAGAGUCAGACAACAAGAUCUACGUAAUUGCAGGCAAGGACCUUCGCACUGAGGAGUCACUGGAUUCAGUCCUGUGCUAUGAUCCCGUGGCAAUAAAAUGGGGCGAGAUCAAAAAACUACCUAUCAAAGUUUAUGGCCAUGCUACUAUCUCAAACAAUGGAUUGAUAUAUUGUCUUGGUGGAAAAACUGAUGAUAAGAAAUGUACUAAUAGAGUAUUUGUAUACAAUCCAAAGAAAGGAGACUGGAGAGACCUGGCUCCAAUGAAAGUGGCUCGCUCAAUGUUUGGAACAGCUAUCCAUAAGGGCAAGAUUUUCAUUGCAGGUGGUGUCACUGAAGAAGGCCUUACUGAAUCUGUUGAAGCUUUUGAUUUGACCACAAAUAAGUGGGAGGUUCUGCCUCAAUUUCCCCAAGAGAGAAGUUCCAUCAGUUUAGUCACCUUAAGUGGAUCUUUGUAUGCUAUUGGAGGCUUUGCAAUGAUUCAGCUUGAAUCUAAAGAAUUUGCACCUAGUGAAGUCACUGACAUAUGGAAGUAUGAUGAUGAAAAGAAGGAAUGGAUUGGCAUACUCAAAGAGAUUCGAUAUGCUACUGGAGCUUCCUGCCUGGCUACACGCUUAAAUCUCUUCAAGCUAUCAAAAUUGUAAACAAAAUGAUGGAAAAUGGGAUAUGGCAAGGGAGUUUAGAUAGGCUCUUCUGGUUUUGUUGCAUGAAAAUAUCCCCAAAUUGUUCAGAGUUUUGUAGCAGCAUACUAGUUAUUCUGUUAACUGUUAAACAGUUAAUCUGUCUAUCCAAGUCUUAAGAUAUUUACUAGCUAAUCAACAAGAGGUGAAUAUUUGCUAACCUUUACAAUCCUGAAGAAUUAAAAUUGAUUAGAAUAAAUGAAGAUUUCUGAGAGAACUCUAUUUUUCCACUCAGUAGAAAAUAAAACUAGUUGCAUAUCCUUACACUCAGUCCAGGAUAGUGAUGGCUUAGUCCCCAAACAAUGCUCAAGAAUGAAUUAACUGUUAAAUUAAGUACAACUAGUAGGUAGCUAAUUUUAUUCUAACUGGCUGUUUGCAGAGCCUGAUUUCUCACUUUAGCAGUAUAUGUAAAUCCUGCAUUCUUCAGCUAUAUUUUGAGAAUAUUUUCAUUAGAGCCUUCUAAAAAUAAUUAAUUUAGCCUGAAAUUGAAACACAUAUUGAAAACGAAAGUAUAUUCUGUGGCUCAAGAAAUGCCGACCUCAGCCAAAGCUGUAUUAGUAGCCAGCCGUGAGGAAAGAGAGAAAAGUUUACAAGGUUAAUAGCUUUGCAGUUUCACCUAUUAUGUUUUGGCUUCUGGUAACAGGGAUUUUCCACUUUUUUAUGCUUUUGUAUUUAUUUCUAAAGCAAGUAUUUUAUGGAAGGUUUCCUCAGAGAUCUGAGGCCAUUAACAAGCAUUCAUGAAAAGUCCCAGAACAACUGAUCAUCUGCAAGCACUUAUGACAGGGAGGACUUUUCCACCUAAUAAAGAAUUGAUGUAUUUUGAUGUUUAAACUUUUAACUAGUAACAAUUAAACUUUAACACUAUAAAAAUAUCAAUGGCGCCUCUUUUAAUAAUCAGCUCAUCAUUACUAUCAUAUUGACAGGAUAUGGAUUUCUUCAUAUAGCCUUUGCGCAAAUCAGAGCACUCAGUUUUGCUGAAGUAGAACAUGCCUGCCAUUUUUAGAAAAUCUCUUCAAAAGAUCUCUCCGUUGAGUAAAGUGGGUAUCAUAACACUCAAGCAAUGUAAUUUCAACUGAUGUAGGAGGAAAACUGGAAAUGAAGCCCACUACACCUGACUGAACGGUAAUUGCAACUAUUGCCUUCCUAGGAGAGAGGGGUAAACACAUGGGAAAGGUACAGCCAUCACACCUCAUUUCAGCAUGUUACUGUAUGGGGGUACCUAAUCUGUGGGACAUCUUUUCUGUUUUUCCCUUAAUUCCACAGCUUUUCAGCUGCUCUUAAAAUCUUCUAGACUCCAGUUAGGCUGCUGUAAACUGGAGAUUUAUCUCAUGUAAAACUCGCAGAUUUAUUUUAGAAAGAAAAUGACUGCAAAGGAUCAAAAGCAGCACAUUUUACCAAAAUACUUGUUUUAUAUUUUACUUUUCUUAAAUGCACUUUCUGAAUCCACUGAUAGCAAGUUUCAAUCCUCUCCCCAUUGUGAAUAGUACUAACUUUAUCCAUACAUAACUCGAACAUACCUGAAAUGCAGGGUCCGGCCCAGGCACAUGACUGUCCAUGACUGAUCACUCCAUCUACAGCCACUGCUACCUUUUUACACUCCAUAGUUGCUACUUGAAGACCACCUGUACGGAAGCAGGGUAUAAAACAGCCCUCUGACUUGAAGCCCACCUUCUGAUAUCCUAACAUAUAUUGAUGAUUAUUUUCUCAAUUUUACACAAAAUAGAAUAUACAGAUAGUCUGUAUGCUGUGCCUUCAAUGAUAUUUCCUUAAAGCACUUUUACAGGACAGACCCUUGGAGCCUUUUUCAGUUUGAUCAGAAGCACCAUCACCACAAGCAGACAAUUUACUAGUAUUUUCAGUCAUCCCGCACAUGAGGACUGCCUCAGGAGGAGAAUACCUUGCAACUUGGAUCAAUUCUGUCCCUUUUUCCUGGCUUUUCAUCAGCACACUGAUUUGGAUUGAGUCAAUAAAAAUAUAUUCCUCUCCUACUACUGAGGUUUUAAAAAAAAGAGACAGCCAGGUGCACAAUGGUCAAUUCAGAAAUGUAGUUGCUUACCUCUGCCAGCCUUCAAAGGAUGUGGUAAAAAGAAUGCUUGUACAAAAAAUGCAAGAAAACAUACACGUUGUGUGUGUCUGUGAAAGAGCGGGGCACAACUUGCUGUCCUUGUGAGGUAGCAGGAACUGUAGUCACAAUGGCUGCUUCUGAAAAUGGGUCCAUUUGCCAUAGUGUAACCACUCUACAGUUUAUUACUUUACAAUGAACAUUCUCCUGGCUAUUCUACUUUUUUCCUUGUACAUUUCAGUAUCUUAUGCCACCAGGCUCAGUGUGAUCACAGGAAGCCUGAUAACUGGCGGAUAGUUUUGAAACAUCAGAAAUAAAACAAUGUUUUUCACCACCAAUAACCACGGUAGUAUUUAUGACUCUCUAAAGACUUUUCUUGGUUUCAUUCUUCAGCCUAAUUUUGCUCUUUUAUGCACUGCAUUAUUUCCAGAACACGUUUAGAUUGUUUAAUUUUGUUAUUAUUAGUGAGGGCUAGUCCAACGCACAAGGCCAUAAAAAUUUUCGUGAAUUAUCCAGUCACUAAUAAGUGCCUAUGUCUGGAAAAAAGCAUUAUUUCCUCCUGAUCUUGUGUAAAUCCCUCAGUUAUCACUUCCAAGUUACACUGAACUGCACUGCAGGUGUUUCCAGGGUCUAGGUGGCUGCCAGAUCUC